CGCCUAACUCAAUCAACACCCGCCAGCCCUCUAUCAUACGCCACUCCGCCGUGCCGUGACAAACUCACGCCCCAAAAUGGACCUCCUCCUACUGGAGAAAGCCCUCCUGGCCCUCUUCAUAGCCAUAGUCCUCGCCAUCACCAUUUCCAAAUUCCGCGGCAAGCGGUUCAAACUCCCGCCCGGACCCAUACCCGUGCCCGUAUUCGGGAACUGGCUCCAGGUCGGCGACGACCUGAACCACCGCAACCUGACCGACCUAGCCAAGAAGUACGGCGAAAUCCUCCUCCUCCGCAUGGGCCAGCGCAACCUCGUCGUGGUCUCCUCCCCGGACCUGUCCAAGGAGGUGCUCCACACCCAAGGGGUCGAGUUCGGGUCCCGCACCCGGAACGUUGUGUUCGACAUCUUCACGGGCAAGGGCCAGGACAUGGUGUUCACCGUCUACGGCGAGCACUGGCGCAAGAUGAGGCGGAUCAUGACCGUCCCGUUCUUCACCAACAAGGUGGUCCAGCAGUACCGGGCCGGGUGGGAGGACGAGGCGGGCCGGGUCGUGGAGGACGUGAGGAAGAAGCCGGAGGCGGCCACGACCGGGAUCGUGCUGCGGCGGCGGUUGCAGCUGAUGAUGUACAACAACAUGUACCGGAUUAUGUUCGACCGGAGGUUCGAGAGCGAGGAGGACCCACUGUUCGUGAAGCUCAAGGCGUUGAACGGGGAGAGGAGCAGGUUGGCCCAGAGCUUCGAGUAUAAUUACGGGGAUUUUAUUCCGAUUCUGAGGCCGUUCCUGAGAGGAUAUUUGAAGAUUUGCAAGGAGCUUCAGGAGAGGAGGCUGCAGCUGUUCAAGGAUUACUUCGUCGAUGAAAGAAAGAAGCUAGCAAGCACCAAGAGGAUGGACAACAACAGUCUGAAAUGUGCCAUGGAUCAUAUUCUGGAUGCACAACAGAAGGGAGAGAUUAACGAAGACAACGUUCUUUACAUUGUUGAGAACAUUAACGUUGCUGCAAUUGAAACGACUCUAUGGUCAAUAGAAUGGGGCAUUGCAGAGCUGGUGAACCACCCUGAAAUCCAGAAGAAGCUCCGGCACGAGCUCGACAAUGUGUUGGGCGGCGCCCAAAUCACGGAGCCCGACAUCCCAAGGCUGCCCUAUCUCCAAGCCGUAGUCAAAGAGACCCUCCGCCUCCGGAUGGCGAUUCCACUUCUAGUUCCUCACAUGAACCUCAACGAUGCCAAGUUAGGUGGCUACGAUAUCCCAGCGGAGAGCAAAAUCUUGGUUAAUGCAUGGUGGCUCGCCAAUAACCCCGACUCCUGGAAGAAGCCUGAGGAGUUCAGGCCGGAGAGGUUCUUGGAAGAGGAUGCUAAGGUUGAGGCCAAUGGGAACGACUUUAGGUACCUUCCGUUUGGUGUUGGACGGAGAAGUUGCCCUGGAAUUAUCCUUGCUUUGCCGAUUCUCAGCAUCACUAUUGGGCGUUUGGUUCAGAAUUUCGAACUCUUGCCUCCCCCGGGGCAGUCUAAGCUUGAUACUGCAGAGAAGGGAGGACAGUUCAGCUUGCACAUUUUGAAGCACUCGACGAUUGUUAUGAAACCAAGAUCGUUUUGAGUCUCGUCUCGUUUCUUUUGUUUCUUUUUUUUUUUUUUUGGUAAUUUCUGAAGCGGGGUUUGUGGAGGAAUUGGGUUGAUGUGAUAUUAUUGUUCUCUCUGUGGAUCUGAAAGGAUGUUUCUUGAAUUUGCAAUAAGUAAUUGGUUGUAUCUCUGUUA